CCAGCAGGUGUGUUCCCGAGAACCUCGUGCGACCGCCUUGGGUGGCGUGGAGAAGCCCCAGGGAGGUGGUGUGGCCGUUGCUCCCGAGGCUUCUGUCACCUGCCCACUUGGGCAAGCUGCUUUUAUAGGCCUUCAUUCUGCAUUUUCCAAGUGGCUAUGGAAGUAUAAAUAAUAAAGCAAGAAAAGCAGGUCCAUUUGGCUGGCUCCGUGGAUUUCUUCUGAAUGUGCUGUCUACUUCUCAGCAGGAUAAUCCCCAAAGAAAAUGAACCCCACGCUGGGCCUGGGCCUGCUUCUGCUCAGCCUCCCAACCGUGAAAGGUCUUCUGCAGCCCAGCCUCUCUCCAAAGCAUCACGUGGCUGUGAGACAAGCCCAAGCAUGGAAAGGAAGGCAGGUGGCCCAGGAACUUGCAAAACUGAACACAGAAUUUGGCCUCAAGCUGUUCAAGAAGUUGGCCUCCAGCAGCCCCGGCAAGAACAUCAUCUUCUCCCCCUUGAGUGUCUCCACGAUCUUCUCCAUGCUGUGUCUGGGGGCCCAGGACUCCACCCUUGAUGAGAUCAGACAGGCUCUCAACAUCAAGAAGCUGUUGGAGAAGGAUGUGCACGCAGGCUUCCAUUACCUCAUCCGCAAGCUGAAACAGAGUUUCCGGGACCAACAGCUGACUCUUGGAAAUGCCAUGUUCAUCGACCAGAGGCUGCGGCCACGGCAGAAGUUUCUAACAGAUCUCAAGAGCCUGUACAAUGCAGAUGCUGUCCCCACCAAUUUCCAGAACUUGGCAAAUGCUGAGAAGCAGAUCAAUGACUACGUCAGUCGGAAAACCCAGGGGAAAGUUAACAACCUGGUCAGGAAUAUAAGUCCCGGCACUGUGAUGCUUCUUUUAAAUUAUAUUUUCCUACGAGCCAGGUGGCUACGGGAGUUUGAUCCAAAAUUAACCAAAGAGGGCGAUUUCAUGCUAAGCCAAAACAAGUCCGUGAAGGUGCCCAUGAUGUUCCACGGGGGCAUGUACAAAAUGGGCCACGACGACCAGCUCUCCUGCACUGUCCUGGAAAUGCCCUACCACGGGAACCUGACAGCCCUCUUCAUCCUCCCCGACAAGGGCAAGCUGAAGCAGGUGGAGCAGGCCAUGCAGAUGGACACGGUGGUCAGAUGGAGGAGACUAGCCAAGUGGAGGGUUGUAGAUGUGUCCCUGCCCAAGUUGUCCAUUGCCGGUACCUACGACCUGAAGAAGACACUGUCCCAAAUGGGGAUGACCAAAGUCUUUGAGGACUAUGGAGAUCUCACCAGGAUUUCCCCUGACCGCAAUCUGAAAGUGGGCGAGGCGAUCCAUAAGGCUGGACUGAAAAUAGAUGAGAGGGGCUCAGAGGCUGCUGCGAGCUCUGGGAUGGAGACCAUGCCCAUGGAGACACCGACAAAUGUCAAGAUAAACAGUGUCUUUUUCGUUAUAAUUUAUGAGGAGACCACAGUUUCCAUGAUCUUCUUGGGAAGGAUUAACGACCCUACUGAAACUAAUGGGGGAAAUUCCAGCUUGCUGCAGACCCCAGCUAUGGCCUGAGGCUGAAAACGUUUCAUCUCCCUGGGAUUGAGGCCUUGGGGAUCUUCUCUCUAACCCCACGUCAUCAUUCUCUACCAGGGACUUGAUCCACACAAGUGGCAUUGUUGGCUCUUGGGCUUUAAUCUCUCCCUGCCCAUUUGAAUGUCAUCAUUAUGUGCCCCACCCCUCACCCACUUGACGGUGUUUUCCUCUUCCUCUUGGCAGACAGAGGGUUUUUCCAAUAAAUUCACCACCCCAAA